GCGUCCUGGCCGUCCUCUCUUUUCUACUCUGCCCCGGUGGAAAAGUCCCUUUCAUUCUCUGUUCCGCUUUCUCUUCAAUCCCUUUAUAAAUCCAAACUCAUCCCUCUUCUCAUAUCCUCCUAACAUUUCCCUUUCCAAACCUUACUCAUUCUUUCAUUUUCUUCACGAAUCCAUUACCAAAACCCCCAAAACUUCUCACUGAUUGAGUAAUAAUAUACUGAACUUUGCUAAAAUGGGGGCUUUCUUUUCCUGCCCUUUGGCAAAAUACAUUGAUGUGGAAAAUGGAAUGGAAUCCAUCACUGUGAAAUCCAUCAGUUUUGGUGAUGAUGUAGUAAAAACUCCGGUGCGAUCUGUUAGUUUCAAUAGUAGAGAUUUGGAACCUAUGAUAAUGAAAUCGAUUGGUUCGGGGAGGAUGAAACUAGAAACAUCUGUUAGCUUCAAAGGAAGAGAGUUGGAGAAGAUGGUUUCAAUGGAAGCUGCAGCUGUUCCACUAGAGGAAAAAUUGCAUGUUGUAGCUGAUAGUGCAAAGAGCAAAGAGAUGGAGAAUCAAUCUCCUAGAUCAGAGAGUCAUGAUCAUGAUGAGAUCAAAAUGACGAUGGAUCUCAAUCCGACAAAUCCGAAGCACAUGGCAGCAAUGAAAUUGCAGAAAGUUUAUAAAAGUUUCAGAACCAGGAGAAAGCUUGCAGAUUGCGCAGUUCUUGUAGAGCAGAGUUGGUGGAAACUCUUGGAUUUUGCUGAGCUCAAGAGGAGCUCCAUAUCAUUUUUUGACAUUGAGAAACACGAAACUGCCAUUUCACGGUGGGCUCGAGCAAGAACCAGAGCUGCCAAGGUUGGAAAGGGUUUAUCCAAAAAUGACAAAGGUCAAAAGCUUGCUUUACAGCACUGGCUUGAGGCUAUCGAUCCACGGCAUCGAUAUGGUCACAACCUGCAGUUCUAUUAUGCUAAAUGGCUCCAUUGUCAGAGUGGACAACCCUUUUUCUAUUGGCUGGAUAUAGGAGAAGGAAAGGAAGUAAAUCUUGUUGAACAGUGCCCUAGAUCGAAACUUCAACAGCAGUGUAUCAAGUACUUGGGUCCGCUGGAAAGAGUAGCAUAUGAAGUUGUUGUGGAGGAUGGGAAGUUCAUGUACAAGCUAUCCAGGGAACUCCUCCACACAACCGGAGUCGAUAAGCAUGUGAAGUGGAUAUUUGUUCUCAGCACCUCUAAAGCCUUAUAUGUUGGCAAGAAACAGAAGGGUACAUUUCAGCAUUCAAGUUUCUUGGCUGGAGGAGCCACAUCGGCUGCUGGAAGAUUGGUUGUCGAAAACGGGAUCCUAAAGGCAGUUUGGCCUCAUAGUGGUCAUUACCGACCCACGGAAGAAAACUUUCAGGAAUUUAUCUCUUUCCUUACAGAAAACAAUGUCAACCUCACUGAUGUAAAGAUGAGUCCAGAUGAUGAUGAAGAGAAUGGAUUACAAAUACAAAAGAGCAGUCUCCAUGUUAGAUUUGGCUCGACCGAGGAGGAUUGGGCUCAAAAGUUCAGUGGCGAUCCAGAUGAUGGCAUUCCAGAGAUCAUUGCUGAAGAAAUGACUGGCAAGACAUCAGAUUUGCCAGAUCAAGAAACAUCGUCGACUGCCAAACUGUUCGAACCAAAGAGGUCAAUCAACCUGAGUAGAAAAUUAACCAUUCUUCACAUACCAGAUAGGGGUAACCUGAUCGAGAAACUCGAGAUGGAAAACCAAGAAAUGAGAUCUGAAAUGUUUGUUUUGGAGUUGGAUACUGAAGGUCCAAAGAAAAACUAUUUAGAAGAGGAAACUGGAAGUUGUGAAGUAGAGAUCAUCCCUGAUGAAUCAAUACUGAAAAGAAUAAAUUCACACAAAGAAACAAAAUCAUAUCAACUGGGAAGGCAGCUAUCUUGCAAAUGGACAACUGGUGCAGGCCCCCGAAUCGGGUGUGUUCGCGACUAUCCAGUCGAACUUCAGCUCCGAGCCUUGGAGCAGGUGAGCUUGUCACCAAGAAAGGUGAAGGUGACUGCUCAGUCCGAAUUUCAAUGCUCACCUCGGAUUGCCAGUAUGUUGAGCCCAAGGGUGUCCAGGCCAAUUGAUUUGAUUCACCAAAGUAAUACACAAACUUCUUCUCCUUUGUUCAAGGGAACAUCAGCAGUAGACAUUGGUAAUGACAGUUGA